UUUUGAUUGCGAGAAGAUGUGAUGAAAUUGAUAAUAAUAUAUCGAUUAGUGAUAUAAUGAUAUAUAGAACAGAAGAGAGAAGAUGGUAACGCUCACUACUACUUUUCCUCAUUUCUUUCUCAAUACGAAAACUUCAAUCUCACCAGUACUGUCUCUCUCUCUCCGAUACGCAAGGAGGAAAUUCCAUUUCUAUCCCCGUAAUCGUAUUGUUGCAUGCAGAGCGAUGAUGGAUUCACCUGAAGAACAUCAACAGGGAUUAUCGACUUCGCUGUUGAACUCUGUCACACAAGACUUUAAGAAUCACACUCUUCAAUUUCAUCACACUAAUAAAUUGAAUCUCGAAGAUCUCAAUUGGGACAAUUCCUUUGUCAGAGAAUUGCCCUCUGAUCCUAGAACCGAUCCCCUUCCUCGAGAGGUUUUGCAUGCUUGUUAUACAAAAGUAUCGCCAUCAGUUCAAGUAGAUGAUCCUCAACUUGUCGUAUGGUCUGAAUCAGUUGCCGACCUGCUUGAGUUAGACCAUAAAGAAUUUGAAAGGCCAGAUUUCCCCCUUUUCCUCUCUGGUGCAUCACCUUUGGUUGGAGCGUUGCCUUAUGCUCAGUGCUAUGGUGGACAUCAAUUUGGUAUGUGGGCUGGGCAGUUGGGUGAUGGUAGGGCAAUUACGCUUGGGGAGAUACUGAAUUCAAAGUCUGAAAGGUGGGAACUGCAGCUUAAAGGUGCUGGGAAGACUCCUUACAGUCGGUUUGCUGAUGGCCUUGCAGUGCUACGUAGCAGUAUCAGGGAGUUCCUUUGCAGUGAAGCAAUGCAUCACCUGGGGAUACCAACUACUCGUGCUCUUUGUCUUGUGACCACUGGAAAGUUGGUCACUCGAGACAUGUUCUAUGAUGGCAAUCCAAAGGAAGAACCUGGUGCAAUCGUUUGCAGAGUUGCUCCAUCAUUUCUGCGUUUUGGUUCAUACCAAAUACAUGCCUCCAGAGGUAAUGAGGACCUGGAAAUUGUUCGUGGUUUGGCAGACUAUGCUAUUAAGCACCAUUUUCCUCAUAUUGAGAACAUGAGUAAGAGCGAAAGCUUAUCCUUCAGCACUGGUGAUGAAGAUCAUUCUGUUGUGGAUCUUACAUCAAACAAGUAUGCAGCAUGGGUGGUGGAGAUUGCUGAACGUACUGCUUCUAUGAUCGCUAGAUGGCAAGGGGUUGGUUUCACUCAUGGUGUGAUGAACACGGAUAACAUGAGCAUUUUGGGUCUUACCAUUGAUUAUGGUCCAUUUGGGUUUUUGGAUGCUUUUGAUCCUAAAUUUACCCCAAAUACCACAGACCUUCCAGGUAGAAGGUACUGUUUUGCAAACCAGCCUGACAUUGGUUUAUGGAACCUUGCACAACUCACAACAACUCUGUCGGCCGCUCAUUUAAUAAAUGACAAAGAGGCUAACUAUGCUUUGGAAAGAUAUGGAACAAGAUUUAUGGAUGAUUAUCAAGAUAUAAUGACCAAAAAGCUUGGCCUCCCAAAAUAUAACAAGCAACUGAUUGGUAAACUUCUUACUAAUAUGGCUGUUGACAAAGUUGAUUAUACAAACUUCUUUCGUACACUCUCAAAUAUUAAAGCGGACACAAGCAUUCCAGACGAUGAGUUGUUAGUGCCACUAAAGUCAGUGUUGUUGGAUAUUGGUAAAGAGCGUAAAGAAGCAUGGACAAAUUGGUUGAAAACCUAUAUACACGAGCUAUCUACCAGUGGCACUUCUGACGAGCAGAGGAAGACCCUGAUGAAUAUGGUAAAUCCUAAAUAUAUUCUGAGGAACUAUCUCUGCCAGACUGCAAUUGAUGCUGCAGAAAUAGGUGACUUUGGAGAAGUUCGUAGGUUACUCAAAUUAAUGGAACAUCCUUUUGAUGAGCAGCCAGGAAUGGAAAAGUAUGCUCGCUUGCCCCCAGCCUGGGCAUAUCGACCAGGUGUAUGCAUGCUUUCUUGUUCCUCAUGAGUUGCCUACUUCGGUAGGCAUAUUCCAGAUAGUAGAAAUAGGAGAGGAGUAUUUAAAAAUGUUGAAAACACAGAAAACUAGGAAUUGAACAAAAAAAAAGUGUGUAUUUGUAUUGUACUAAAUAUAGAUGAGUUGAAAAACGAUACUGGAAAAACCAUCACCAGUUAGACACAAAAUUGGAUGUACUUUAUAAAGAAUUGUUACAUUUUUUUUUUCA